CCAUCAGUUUUCGCUUCCCUUUAGUGUUUUGUUCCGCUGUUAUUUUUGCGACCCUCUCUUUCAACUUUCUUUUCAACCUGCCUCCUCAUCGCUAAAAUGCUCUCGACCGUCGCCCUUGCGGGCGGCAACGCCCUGGCCAAGCGCCUGGCCGCGGCCGCCGAGGAACCUCGUGACUGGAAGCUCCCCCCGGUGACGCUGUUUCUUUUCCUCGGAGACAUUGUGCUGUUUCUGCCUGUCCUCGUCCUUAUCAACUACACCUUUAACCAUGUCUACACCACCCUCGCUGCCGUGGAAGACCCCCUCCCGGCAUACGAGGCGCUGCCCAUGAAUGAUGACGGCACGCCCAAGCCCGACGACGAACUCGCCCAGCGCGGUCGUCCCAUCACAUCCUCGCUCCGCGCCACCUACCGCCUGCUGUGCUCUCUCGGCAGCUGGAGGUCCAACUUCCGCGGCCUCGGCUACUCCGCGUUCAUCGCCUUCUUGAUGGGGCUUGUCACCCUCUUCUUCUGCCUGCUGCCCUUCAUCCCCAACUUCAUCGCCCCGCUGCUCGCCCUGCUCGCGGCCUCUCCGCUCCUGACCGCCUGGACGCACUUCGUCAUCACCGCGCCCACCACCCGCCGCUUCUCCGGCCGCAUCCCGCCCCUCCGCAAGGUCUACCUCGCCACCUGGCUGCCCACGCUGCUGGCCUGGCUCGCCGCGCAAGCGUCCGUCAUGCUCCCGAUCUUUCUGGGCCGCGUCCUGGGCCUGUCGCUGCGCGACCCCACGACGCCGGACCGGUUCCGCAGCACGCCGCUGACGCCCGGCGAGGCGGGCAUGAGCGUCGGGCUCGUCGCCCUGUCGGUGGCGCUGCACGCGCUGCUGGCGGUGCCGGCCGACGUGGCGCUGACGCGCGUGCGCGCGUCGCUGCUGCCUGCCGACCAGGACACGCUCGUGCCCUUCGACCGCUCCUUCGGCGGCCGCGUCGAGCCCGAGGUCGUCUCCGGCAAGGGCUUCGCCACCUUCGGCGCCGCGCUGGCCACCGUGCCGUGGCGCAGCUGGGUCCGCAUCUACCUCCUGCGCGUCAAGGUGUUUGCCCUGUCCAUGGCUGUGUAUCCCGUCAUGGCCGCCGUCGUGAUCGUGCAGAUCCUGUUGUUGAGGCAGGUGUGUGAGCCCGACGGUGAGGACGGCGCGAAGGCAUACAAGUGCUAUUAAGCGCCGGGUGUGUCGGGGGGAAAGGUGAGGCUUGGAUUAUCUGCACCGUGUCGGGCCCCCGGAUUGGGGACCAGUCCCACUGCCGCAGAGGGAAGGGAGGUUGGAAGAUGAUUGUUUUAUCGAAACGAGGAGUUCCUGGGAGG